CGUCAAUAGCCGUGUAAGCAAAAACAUGGACGAAACCUUGCAUUUCUGGCGGCAGGCAGUAAACGGACAGAGGACCUGGGAAGAUGGCGAAGUGGAGUUGUUCGAUAAGUGCAAACGAAAACUUUGCAAUGAUCGAGAGAACGUUGGGUUUCUCACCUUGACCGUGUGGAGAUCAUAUUUACCUGUUCAAUAUGGCGGUGUGAUCGGUCCCAUUGCGAUGCUUCACAGUGAUGUGUUAGGUCUGCAAACUGUGCGUGUGACUUAAAGUCACUCUCAACAACAACAAAAUGUCUGAGUACUUCAAGAGAGCGUCAUAAGAAGUUCACAACAUCUCUGGAAUUUGGCCGAAUGUUGCAUGGUUUCGAAAACAUCCAGAAUCUUCUAGAUCACUGUUAUCACUCGCGGCAGUCAAAAAUAGUUCCAUACUCUCUAGAUUCCCGUUUCAAAACGUAGUAAGACAAACAAAAACCAGUAACACCCCAACAAUAACAAAAAAUCCCCCUCCAAAAACCUCAAUGGGCGGCCUCUUAUCACGGCAUGAGGUUUGUUUCAGUUUGACUAAUACCUUGAGCGGCCUCGACCGUAACCCAGCACACAUAGACUUCUGGUAUCUUCACGCUCGUGCUUCAGCAACCCCUCGCAGCGUUAGUAAGAUCGUGUCCGACGAUGUCUACCCGUUAGCAGGGUUUCCUCACCAACCGCCCGCCUGUAGAUAAACCUCCAAAUCGCGCAACGCGCACAAAAACAACCCCACAAAACCGUACGAAUUAGGUCAUGAAAAUGACGGAAAACACCAUGUGAGCGUGGUCCUCUAGGAAGGCCGCUGCCAUGCAACAAAAAAAAAACAGAAAUGACCUGGACAUACGGUGCGCCGUGCGUUCACCGUGGAUGCGACAACGCCGACGGUGCAUUACACAACACCACCAACCGAAAAUAAAAUCGAAAUCGAAUAGCCGCGUAAUAGCAUGGCGUACCAGACGCACCCUGAAGAAGCUGGUAAGGCAGAGGGGAAACAAAAAUAUCGUUCCCACCCCAAAAAAAAAAAAAGGUCGACCGAACAGUGCGAUAGAACGCGCCGUACCGGGAGUCUCUGCUAGACCGGAGUCCGCGGACUAGUUGCGGCAGAGCACGUGGAUUGAAGAGAAUGCGAUAGAGCGGCGAGUGAUCACUGAUUAGCGAUCGCAACACGGGGCAACCUUGCCAAAAAAGCGUAGAGAAGAGAGCAUCCGAUCCGGUAACGCUUGUCAGAGCCUAGCACGGAGCCUCAGCAAACGGUGCGACGGUGUGCUGAAAGUUCAUUCAUUCACCAGUACACUAUCGGAAGUUCCUUUCAACGAGCGCGCGCGCGUUUGUCUUCCCAAAACCAAGUUCCGGCUUGUGAAGUUGGUGAUCGGUGUUCCUGGUUCCUAUGCAGGACUUGUAGUGUUGUGUCGACUCCAGAGCUCAACAUAUGCUUUAGUUGAAGUUGAAGUUAUAUUCAUCCCUGCCCUACAUCAUGGUGCCCUUGUGCUAGUGUGCUUCAUCUCCAUCAAACACACACACACAUAUACCCCCGUCCAAACCGCCGAAAGUGUCCCGAAGAAAUCCCGCCAGGAAAAUCAUGACGAUCAACUGCCGUACGCUAGUGCUUUACUUCCAUGUACCGCUUGUGGCGGUUCUACUGUACUGGUUCCGACCGUACCUGUACGACAUCGGUGUCAGUACGCAGCAGACGGCACCUCACCAUGGAACAUCCGACGCCCUUAUACCGCCGGAUCCGGGCCAUACCGAUCUCACGGUCAAGCUGUCCUACUCAACGCUUCACAUGUACGAAACGGCGGCCAUCUGCUCGGAUUCGGACAUUUGCAGUAAAAUUGGUCGGGAUCUGCUGAAACGGAACGGAUCGGCAGUUGAUGCCACCAUCGGUACGAUGUUCUGUGCCGGGCUUACCAACCUCCAGUCGAUGGGUUUAGGUGGUGGCUUCGUGAUGAACAUUUACCGGCGCGAGGAACGUCGAGCCUACACGAUGGAUGCACGCGAAAUAGCAGCCGGCCAAGCAACGGAAGAUAUGCACCUGCACGAUCCACGUACGACGAACGAAGGUCCCCUGUCGUUGGCGGUACCUGGUGAGCUAAAGGGCUACUGGGAAGCACAUCAGCGUUUCGGGCAGCUCAGCUGGGCCGAAGUGUUACGUCCGACGCAGGAACUGUGCCGCCGUGGUAUUCCGAUCUCCAAGCACAUGCAGGAUUCCCUAUCCUUCAACUCCAAAGCACUUGCUGAUGAACAGAUUAGAGAGCUUUUCACCGAUCCAGCAACCGGUCGGCGGAAGCUGCAGGGUGACAUGAUACGGCCAACGAAACUUUGUGACACACUCGAUCGAAUAGCGGUCGAGGGUGGUGACACACUGUACCAGGGCACGUUGGCGAACGAGUUUGCGGCGGAUCUGCAGGACAUGGGUAGCAUCAUUACGAUGGAUGAUCUCCGGAGCUAUAACGUCCGCUGGAAUGAAUCCAUACCGAUUGAUCUGGACGGGGACACGAUGUACGUGGUACCGCCACCGGCAAGCGGUGUCCUGCUUGGGUUCAUCAUGAACAUUCUCAAAGGGUAUCACUUUCAGCCGGAUGAUGCACGCAGCAUCGAGGAUACCAUCCGGACGGUGCACCGCAUCGUGGAGGCAUUCAAGUUUGCGUACGGCAAACGGACGGAAAUUGGAGAUCCUUCGUUCGUCGAUGUAGCUGAGCUUACAGCCAAUCUCACCUCGGUUGAAUACGCGGAAGCCAUAAGAAAGCGUAUCGAAGACGCACUCACACGGACGGAACCGACCGACUACGAUGGUUACUUCUUCACGCCCAACAAUGACGGCACGGCACACAUUUCGGUGCUAGCCCCAUCCGGAGAUGCAGUAUCGGUGACCAGCUCGGUGAACUUUUACUUCGGUGCAGGCCUGAUGGGACAUCGUACCGGCAUCAUCGUGAACAGUGGUAUGGAUGAUUUUUCAUCGCCCGGCCUACUCAACUACUUCGGACUGCCGGGCUCGAAAGCAAACUUCAUUCGACCGCACAAGCGAGCACUGUCCUCGAUGUCACCGACGAUUGUGACGGAUCCGGAGCACAACGUCAAGCUGGUAGUUGGUGCUGCCGGUGGAACGAAAAUUACCACAGCCGUCGCACUGACGAUAAUGCGCGUACUAUGGUUUGGGUACGACAUCAAGGAAGCGAUCGAUGCGCCCCGAUUUCACCAUCAACUGAUGCCGAUGGCGGUACAGUACGAGUACGGCAAUCUGGAUCUCAUCGUGAAGGGACUGCAGCGCAAAGGACAUCGAACGAUGCGCUACCGGGAGCGUGGUUCCAUCAUCUGUGCCAUCGCCCAGAAUGCAUCCGGCGUGUACGCCAACGCUGACUUCCGGAAGGGUGGUGAUGUGGCCGGAUUCUAGCCAGAGACAGAGAGUGAGAGAGAGAGAGAGAGAGAGAGAGAGAGAGAGAGAGAGAGAGGUUUUGCUGCCAAAGCCGUGCAGUAUGAAAACGUGACCGCCACUACGUACGGCGGCCAUAGGAAAGACAUCGCCCAACACUCGCGAUGCGAGAGGGCGAGCCUUAAUAUAGCUGUAAUACUAGUACAUAAACUCACGGGUUACAAAAGCAUUCGUUUACAUUGUAAAAAAAGAAAAUAACCAAAGCAUUUAAAGCCAACUUUAACUCGUAAACAAAAAACGGAAAGCGCUGUUCAGCGUCUAUCUCCUGGUGCUAGCUAGAUAGUGUAAUAUUUCGUGCAAUAUGAUGUUGUGAACGGGCGACAGAAGACACAAUCAAUAAAAACAGUGUGUUUAAAAUA